AUGGGCCGGGUGGGGCGCGGGGCAGUGCAUUCCAGUGGGGCAAAAGCCUUCAGCAACUGCAGCGUCAGGGACUUCGAAGCCUUCCUGAAGCACGAUGGAGGCGCGUGCCUUUUCAGUAGACCCCGCUUGACCGGGCUGCCCUCCCGGAGAGCGGCUGUCUGCGGCAACGGCGUCGUGGAGCCCGGCGAGCAGUGCGACUGCGGGGCGGCGGAGUUCAAGCAGAAAAACGCGCAGUGCUGCCCAAAGGGCCGCUGCCGCUCCCCGGACCUGCAGUGCCGGCGGCUCUACGGGAGGGAGCCUGACCCCAAACUCAAGCAUCUGUUGAAGCAGGAGGGUUUUAGGGACUGCGCUCGCACGUAUCUGACGUGGGCGAUGAGGCCCGGCGGCCCGGCGCCUCGUGGCCUUGUGCGCGCGUCAGGGGGCAGGAGGGGCGCAGAGGCGGCGCUGCCCGGGAAGGGUUCAAAGAAUGCUCCUGUGGCUUGUUACGAGGAACUCAACAGUCAGCAGGACAGAUUUGGCCACUGCGGGUUCCAGCCCAGACAGGGCUAUAAGUCCUGUGCUUGGAGUUCAAGCGGAAAAACGCGCAGGCCCCGCCCCGCCGCCGAUGCGCAGUGUGACCUGGCCGAGUUCUGCAACGGGUCCUCCGCGUCCUGCCCCCCCGACCUGUACGUGCAGGACGGGCACGGCUGCGAGCACGGCACCGGCUACUGCUACAAGGGACACUGCCGCUCCCCGGACCUGCAGUGCCAGCAGCUCUUCGGGAGGGGUGCAAAAAAUGCUCCUUUGGCUUGUUACGAAGAAGUCAACAGUCAGCAGGAUAGGUUUGGGCACUGCGGCAACCACCCGAAGGACGGCUAUCAGCCCUGCUCCUGGCCCGCCAGACCCUCUCCUGGUGAAAGAAGGAACGAAAUGUGGUCCUGGAAAGGUGAGAAAUACGGCCUCAGCCUCUGGAAACGGCAUGUGAUUAUCGCCACCAUCACCAUUUCAGAAAUAGUCACCGUUCUGCAGUACGAGUUAAAAGUUUGUCUGAACGGCACAUGCCACCCACAUUCAGUCCUGAAGUACGACUGCAACGCACAGAAAAAAUGCCACGGGCAUGGAGUGUGCAAUAACAAGAAGAACUGCCACUGCGAUCCGGGCUGGAACCCUCCCCAGUGCAAGACUCGAGGAUCCUCUGUAGGCAGCAGCAGCGCACUGGGUCCCAAGCAUAUCGCCAAAAGCUCUGCCCUGGCCGUGCUGAAGAACUGGCGGCUGGUGCUGAGCUGCGGCAUCGUCCUCCUCGCCCUGCUCUGCGGCACCCUUGUGGUUAUGAAGGGGAGCCAGCUGAAAAGAUUCUGCGCCAGGAGGGGAUCGCAAACGGAUGGAGUGUUUUUGCCGGAGGAUUUCCGGAUCUAUACCGAUGGCCGGGGGGGGCUGGCAAAAUCCGAACUGGCGCAUAUCAAGCGCGACUGCUUCUACGAAGGCUAUGUCGAGGGUUUCCCCGUUUCGCUCGUGGUGCUUAGCGCCUGCUCCGGCCUGAGCGGGAUCCUGCAGCUCGCGAACACCAGCUAUGGGAUCAAGCCUCUGGAGGCUGCAGCCGGGUAUCAGCAUCUCGUGUACCCGAUGGAGAAUGAAAACGCAGAGGCUCGGCUGUUCGUAGAAAACAGCUCUCUUGCCUGGGCUGGGGAGGUGUCACGGCAGCUGGAGGACACGACAAUUAAGCAAGCUGUCACUACAUCCCCUCGGUAUCUGGAAACGCACGUGGUUGUGGACAAGGCUCUGUACGACCAUAUGGGAGCAGACAAGCACGCUGUGACGGCCAGGGUCGUGCAGCUUUUCAGCUACAUGAACGGCAUGUUUGCUCGCCUCAAUCUGACAAUUGUACUCUCUUCUCUGGAGUUUUGGACGGAAAAGAACAAAAUCCCCACCACGGGAGAUGCCGAGGAGCUGCUGCAGAGAUUUUUGCAGUGGAAAAAUGUGCAUCGUGUGUUGCGGCUGCAGGACAUAAUGUUCCUGUUUGUUUACAGGGAGCAGUCCCGUUACGUGGGGGCAUCUUCUGCGAGGAAGCUGUGUCUCAGGAACCAUGCUGGAGGGGUUGCCUUGGCAGCCUACAAAGCUCCCGUGUGCGGCAACAAGGUGGUGGAGCCGGGAGAGGCUUGUGACUGCGGGUCCGCAGAGGAAUGUCGGCGCGACCCGUGCUGCACCGUUGGCUGCAAGAUGAGGAGAGGGGUGCAGUGCCUGUCGGGACCGUGCUGCCGGAAAUGCCAGUUUGUGAAAAGAGGCACCUUAUGUAGGAGCAGCUCCGAGGAUGAGUGCGAGUUGAAGGAAUAUUGCAACGGCACCUCUGGGGAGUGCACACCGGACCUGUGGGUGAUGAACGGGCACCCCUGCAGCAGGAACACUGCCUUCUGCUACCGGGGCGUCUGCCAGACAGCCGACAAGCAGUGCCAGAAGGUCUUCGGCCAGGGUGCCAAGAACGGGCCUUGGGCCUGCUAUGAGGAAAUUAACAGCCAAAGGGACAGAAUGGGGCACUGUGGCUCCAACCACCGCGGUUACCAGCGUUGUGCGUAUAAGGAUCUGCGAUGCGGGAAGCUCGUGUGUGAGUAUCCGGGCUCCAAGCCCUUCACCAAGGAGAAGGCUGCGGUGAUUUAUGCUCGGGUGCAGAACACGCUGUGUGUAACGUUGGACUACAUGAAGCCGCUCACGGAGAGGGACCCCAUGCUGGUGAACGACGGCACCGUCUGCGAUGAGCACAAGAUCUGCCUGAACCAGCACUGCGUGCCGGCCGCUGUCCUGAACUACAAAUGUGAGAUGGAGACAAAGUGCCACAAUCGCGGGGUGAGUCACGGUGAAGCGGACGUCGGGAGCGGGGGCUUGCCAAAGCUGUGGCUGUUUCUGACCUUCUGCCUCUUCAUGCCUGUCACCAUCGGGCUCAUCCUCAUGGCACUAAGGAGAAGUGGCCCAAGGUGCUGUCGUGCCACGGAGGAGCUGGAUGAAGACGAGUGA